CCUCGAGCGCUCCCUUCAUCCCCCCAUUCACCAAGAAGCUCCGCCGCCGGUUACCGGAAUCCGUCGCAACAAUGCCAGAAGCCAGGGACAGGAUUAUGAGGGCCGUCGAUCUGGCUGAGCUCUAUAUCAGGCGGCGGCAGCAGCUCGCUUUUGGCAGCGGUGGGAACUACCGCUGGGGAGAGACGGCAUCUCCAGGAGCCGAGACCCCCGCAGCACCGGACACCAGCGGACGCGUCCGGAGGAGCCCGUUCGCGAGGCGUGGCCGUGGAGGCGGCCGCCGGCAAGUUCAGCCUCGCCGCAGCGAAUUGCCCUCGUGGUACCCCCGGAGGCCGUUGCAAGACAUCACUGCGAUAACCAGGGCAUAUCAGAGGAGAAGAGAGCGUCUGAGAGGAGAAGGCGGAGAUGAACAGCCAGAGACACCCGUGUUCCAGGUCUACACAGACGUUGAAGAAAGUGCUUAUCUUGAGCACAACAAUCCGAGCACCACACCCUUAGCCGUUAGAUUGUGUCCACCUUCAUCUUCCUCGAAACCCGAUAAGGAGUGGGAGUAUGUGACUCCUCAGAGGAAGCUGCUGGACUCCAUCGACAAGGUUGAAAAGGCGCUGAAAGAAGAGCUGGAGAAGAUGAAGAGGACGCCCAGCGCUAAGAAAGCUGAGAGAGAGAAGAAGGUCCGGACACUGAUGACAAUGCGUUGAUUCGAUCCAUCUUCAGUCGACACUUCACUCAAUCAAGGUUGAGGGACGCCGGGGCUGGCUUGGAGCAUGGGGCUGGCUUGAUCAGUAGUUUUGAACAGGUUUAUGCUCCUACGAUUCCAUGUUUCUAAUUCCAUGGGAUUUUGGCAUGAGAAAGGUGCAAACAUGUUCUUAUGUUUGGAUACCCUGCCCCAUCAAUCCCAUGGGUUUGUAUAUGUUUAGACCUUAGGCACAUUAGUUUUGUUAUGUUCCAAUUUUCCAUAGGCUUUCAUGUUCAAUUUGUGAGUAUUGUUUGGCUAUGCUGUGAAGACUCUAUCCUCACUUGGCCCAUUUUCAGAUGUAAGUUGCACAAUAGAAUGUGCUGCACUGCAUAGUAUACUCUGGCUUUAAAUACAGUUUUUUCUUGCUUGUGCCAUUUUCUGUGGUAUUUUUGUUGGCCUUGUAUAGUUACUAAAGUUUCUCAAGGGGG